AGAGGAUCCAGUCCCGUAGAAAUAAAAUCCACCUCGUAGAGAAAAAGAAGAAAGAAAAGAAGAAGAAGAAACUGCUUUGCGUUGUGUUGUGUUUUUUGUUAUCUCUCUCUCUCUCUCUCUCUCUCUCUCUCUCUCUCUCUCUCUGUCGUUGUUUUCUUCUCUUUGUCUUUCUUUCACUCUCAUCGCAUCUCUUUCCCUACGACACAACAAACUCACCCAAACCCUAAACCAAAACGACACCGUUUUCAACAAUUUUCUCUUAAUUUCCACUCUCACCAUAACAACAAUUACCCAUUGAAAAAAAAAAGAGAGGAAAAUGGAAGGUCGAGGAACUCGUUCCGUUGAAGAAAUUUUUGAGGAUUUCAAAAGCCGUAGAGCUGGAAUCAUCAAAGCCCUAACCACUGAUGUUGAAGAUUUCUACAGACAAUGUGAUCCUGAGAAGGAGAAUCUGUGCUUAUAUGGAUUACUUAAUGAGAAGUGGGAAGUGAAUUUACCUGUUGAAGAAGUUCCUCCGGAGCUUCCUGAGCCUGUGCUGGGCAUCAACUUUGCUAGAGAUGGGAUGCAAGAGAAAGACUGGCUAUCUUUAGUUGCUGUUCAUAGUGAUACAUGGUUGCUUUCCCUUGCAUUCUACUUUGGAGCCAGAUUUUCAUUUGAUAAAACUGACAGGAAACGUCUAUUCAAUUUGAUUAAUGAACUACCAACAGUAUAUGAAGUUGUUACUGGUGCAGCAAAGAAACAAGUUAAAGAGAAGUCUUCAGUCUCAAACAACAGUGGCAGCAAGUCUAAGUCCAGUUCUAAAGCGCGGGCUCCUGAAACUCAGAGUAGACAACCAAAGGCGGCAGUACAGCCAAAAGAUGAGGAGGAAGGACUGGAAGAGCAUGAUGAAGAUGAACAUGGAGAAGCCAUGUGCGGGGCUUGUGGUGAUAGUAAUGGUGCUGAUGAGUUCUGGAUCUGCUGUGACAUAUGUGAGAAGUGGUUCCAUGGCAAAUGCGUGAAGAUCACUCCUGCACGCGCAGAACAUAUCAAGCAGUACAAGUGCCCUUCAUGCAGUAGUAACAAGAGAGCUCGCUAGCAAUAUUUCAGUUACAGACAAACUUUGUUGGAGUCUUUAUUGAUCUGGUUAAUAUGCUUUUCUUUCUAGAUGCAGUUGAUGGAUAGUUUUUAUUUAAGUUGGAGACAUAGGUUUCUUUUUUAUGACUUCUUUGGUAUAUGUAUGUAUCCGUAGUGAAGCAUUGUUGACUGAGAAAAGCUCAAGUCUUUUCUUUAGUCUCGUCUUGGCUAUCAAAGACAAUUGCCUGGGCUGGCCACAUUAAUGUUAUGGAUUUUAAAUUAAACCAACAUUUGCACCAAAUGAAGGAAUUAUAUUUUGCCA